UGUGUUGUGUUUUAUCUGUAUCAGCUGUGAUUCGGUUUCAGCAGCUGCCGCUUCGGUCUUCGCUAACAUGGCUGUUUAUUGAUUAAUGUUGACAAAUAUUGUCGAUUACUGGGUGUCGUGUCGGUGUUUAUCCCGGAUCCGGGUUAAAAUCAGAUGUUUUUGACCGGAGGAGAGCGCGGAGUGUGAGUGAGUGAGCAGCGAGGACUCGCCGGGUAGCGGCGCGGAGUAUUGCUGGGAGCGCAGCCGGGCUCGGGCUCGCUGUCGGCGGUGUGAGGGAGAGGCUGCGCUCGGUCUGCGGUUAGCUCCGGAGCUAAGGCGGUUUAGCAGCGUCACCUUCACUGCAGAUACGCUGAUCAGCAGGAUUUAUUGGAAGUCUCGCUGCUGCCGCUGUGGCUCUGAUUCGAUCAGUUGAUGGACUGAGUUAAGUUCUACCCCUGUGCUCAGACCCAUGGUGGGAGAGGUGGCCGAUGGAAGACACGGCCCUCAAGCAGCCCACCAUGGUCUCCAGACUGCCCAAGUUUGGCUCUCGUGCUCCGGCAGCUGCCAACCCCCUCCCCAACGGUUCUGCCCUGCCUGUUUCCUCUGGAGGGGGUAAAGGGGCAGCUGUAGGAAAGCAGAAUGGGGUCAUUCGACUUCCUUCUUCCCUCUCUGUGAAGUGGAAGAAGGGAAAGGGGGACGGUGAAGAGAAGGUAACGGAUGAUGAUCCUCGUGUGGGCCUCCAAUCCCAGCAGCAGCCGCGCUCUGCAGUCAUGGUUAGAGAGAUCGGGAAGCCCUCUGUUGUCCCGGUGGGUAAGGCCAGACGUUCCAUCCCUACUGUGACCAACACCAGCCCGAGGACCAUCCCUCAGACCACCAGGGCCAAUCAACGCACAGCUGCACCCAAACAACCCUCCCCAAGCCAGCCGCUGUAUGGCCGUAGGGCUGGUGUGAACGGGGUCGGCUCAGGCCUUCCGAAACCUGGCUUGGGCUCCUCCUCGUCCCCACUGUCCCAGUCCAGCGACAGCCUCAAGUCCAUCUCGGUGGAGAAUGUGGUGCGUUCCCAGAGCUUUAGCUAUUUGAAGAGCUCUACUACCACUGCGAGUCCACCCUUGACCCGCUCCUUUUCCUUUAACCGGGCAGCGGAGUUGGCGAAGGAGCUGCCUAGGCCUCUGGCACAGUCCCCGCUGGCCAGGUCUCCGGUCACUCAGCCGUCUCUGGUGUUAGCUAGUGAGAGAGGAGCCAAGCCUACAAUAACAAGUACAAGCUGCCCCUUACCACCCACGGCCCUAAAGAAAUCACUUCUGCCCAGCUGCUCCGGCAGCAAGCCUUCAGCGAUUAGCUACAAGCUGAUGCGGCCAUCCCUCAUGAAGCAACCCCGCACAGAUCAGCCAGGGAAGGUCCAGGUGAAAGUGGAGCGGGAUGAGGACCCUCAAGAAACAGCUCCACCUACAAUUGAACUAUCCAGCACCACAGAAAGUCCUGGAACCACUCCAGAUGAAGCCAAGGAUACUGAUGUCAUCCAGUGUCUGUCCCUGGAGGUCCCAGAGGACAUGUCUCUGUCCUCCACCUCUUCUUUGGAGCGCAAUGACGUGAGCGAAGAGUACAUGGACGACUUCGAUGACCUGGGCAAUGGGUGUGGGAUCCAGCUGCUGCCAGCCCAUGAGGGAGGAAACGACCAGUCCAGACUCUGUGAUGAUGACAAUGCUGUCGUCAGUCAGUGUCAGGAUGGGUCGUCAGUGACCAGUCUGCACAGUUUCCUGUCCGAGUCAGUAGACUGGGCAGAAAUGGGCCUCACAGGUGGCCGAGAAGGGUUGGACGCCUCUCCUCACCAUGUGCCUCGGAAGAUGUCUGCAGGAGGAGAUUUGCCACACGGCUCUUCGCUGGACCUCUCCCCCUCGGACAGCUCCGGCGGGACCUACAUGUGGGACGAGGAGGUUCUGGAGCCGCUGGGAGGAGCCACGCACGGCUGCGGGAGCUACGACUCUGACCUCAACAGCAUGGACAUUCUCAACAACUUGGAGAACUUGGAGUCAUGUGAUCUGGAGGAUGAUGACCUCAUGCUGGACGUGGACCUGCCUGAAGAUUUGUCCCUCCACAGCGAUGAGCGUUCAGAGAGGGGCUACUGGGCGGGACAGUGGAGGCGACGACAGCAAUGCUGGGGGAGGCCGGAGCAGCACCACAACAACAACAGAGGUGGCGUUCUGCAGGCGUUUGACGACUGUCACCUGCCGGGCCUGGGGAGGCGAGGGUCAGGACAUACGUCUCUGGAUGAGCUGAUGCUGAAGCACAUGGCCCAGGACUGCUCAUCUGUCAAAGAGCAGCUGCUACAGCUGAGGAGACUGUUGCAGAUUGAAGAGGAUGGAUCAGUUGAUGGGUCCACGGAGUUAGACUACAGUCCGUCCUCGGAAGAUCCGGGCUGCCAACAGCAAGUGGAGGAGCUGUUGAAGGAGGUGCAGAAGCUGAGAGAAGAGCUGAAUGGGAAGGAGAUGCUCAUCGCUAAACUCACUCAGCAGAUGUCUGCCCCACUGGAGGUGCCGCAGUGCCACUGCCCGCAGGGGGAGCCGCUGAGCCGAAGGCAGCAGGACAAGGCCACUCAGACCCCGUGGAGGGUGCAGAAUCCUCAGAUAUUACAGCCUUCCCGACACUUGCCCAUCGGCCACCGCAAACUGGAAAGACCAUCAAGCCGAGUCCCCACAGGGGCCCCCAGUGACCAUGUGGACACCCAGUCUCGUGACUGUCCAGUGAAGGUCCAGUCCUGUGUUCGAGUCUCACCAGAUCCCACCACAAGUAAUGCCAUCCUUCCUUCUGCUGUGCCCACUACUGCACCUGCUGCUGCUACUGUUAGUGCUGCUGCUCCUUCCCCGUCUUGUGGCACUCUGCAGGACUGUGGUCCUGAUGAGCUCCACCAGCUCCUGAACACCCACCUCACAAUCAGUGAUCUGCAUGGCCCCGGAGGCCAUGCUAGCAACACCCAUCUUAGAAUCUGUGACUCUUACAGCCCUGGGGUCCAUGUUAGCAGCUGCGUUCAGCAGCAGGGGGGGAACCAUGGGCCUGGCAACCUUCACAGGCAGCAGCCGCUUAGCUGCAUUAGAAGAGCUGCUGUUCUAAUGAGAGGUUCCCAGAUUAGCCUCAGGAGAGGUGUAUUAGGCAGGGCUGGGUUCCGACCCGGUUCCGCCGGUACAUCCAGGACCAGGCAUAUGCCUCCGCCGUCCCGCGGCCUCCCCUGCAUCAGCUCAGCCUCACAAGUGGCUGUUCCUGCUCCCAUAAUGUCAGCACAUAAUGUCCGGGGCCUCAGAUCGAACCCAGCUGCCCAGGACGUGGACCACAGCUCAGCCCGAGCUCGAGAGCUCUCCCAGCCCUGCAACUCACGCCUCCCCAAGCCAAAGAGCCACUGACAUUUCCCUCCAGCGCUGGUUUGGAACGAUGCCAGCUAUGCCCUACCCCUCCCCUCUCCUGCUCUCGUUAGCCCUCGCUUCCCCUCCACAGCUCUGCUCAGGGCAUCCCACCAGGCUUCUUGCCUCCCCCCGGCAAGGUCGCUGCAUAAGCCCUGUAAGCUCCUGAAAGACUGCUCCGUUGAGGUCUUAUUUAUUUUGUUGAACAUUGUGGGGAGCAAUACUAUGUUUGAUCUGCCCGAGCUCUCCAAAUAAGACGCACACUCAAGGUUGCCCGUCAGGUUGCUUGUGUUAUCCAGCACAUCAGGAGUUCCUGAGACGUGGUUGAAAACUUCACUGCAAAUCCAAUCGCUGUGUGUAUUCCUCAGCUGUUCGAUUUUCCCGCUGUCUGUGGCAGAUGAAAGCUAAAUAUGUUUUCCAAAGCCUAUAAGAAAUAAAGCUAUUUAUAAAUGUAAUAUAUUUUCAGGCUAUUGACAAAGUUUCCUUUGUUGCCUUUAAACCUGACUUGGCAAAUAAAUUAAACUCCAAAGAACAGUUGGCCUAUGAAUUCUGUUCUGAUUGGUCUAGAAAGCCAGAAAUAUACAGAGUAAUAUACAAGAAAGGCAUAUAGAUCUUAAUAUUUCCUCUAUAUUCUAACAAAACAAACACACUUGAGUGUUGCCAGAAACUUGCUGAUGGAUUGAAAUGUAGGUAGACUUGACAGUCAGCUUGUAAUGUUUUCAACAUUAUAACAGACGAUACAAACUUUUUUGUUAGACUACUAGAUUUUCCUAAAACACACACAGAAUGCCUGAGCAAGUUAAGCCGAUUGAUUCUCCCUGUUGGUGACGUGCUGUGAGUGAAGGUCGGACGCUGUCUGUUAAACGCAUGACCCGUGUCCGUGUUUAUAAGCAGCCAGGGGAAGGGGGGGUCAAGUCCAUUCUGUUGGAGCUUUACAGAAAUUGAUCGUCCUCUGUUGCCCUUUAAAAGAACGAUGUAUGCUUUUGAUUGCAUCAGACGUUGUUCCUUUGUCAGGAGUAGCAGAGUGAGGAGUACGAUCAACUGCUGCAGACUGCCUGGGUGACUGAUGAAACACUACAGAAUGCUUUUCUUGCCCUCCCGCGUCACUGUGCAAAUCUUUCUUCCAUCCUCUUUCUCUUCUGCCUUUUGUCUGAGUUCUUUACAUCAGUUUUUUAGUGAGAGCAGUAUGUGUGUUUCCUUUAACGCUCCUCCUAGUCCUCAGUGUUGCCCACGAUCCAGAACUUUCUGAGGAACUAUCUUGUGCAAUCACUCGCCCCUAUCCUCCCCCUUCCAACUCCCUUUGCUCAGCUCUCUUCUAGCAGGGGAAGCUUGUGGCCUGCGGGCAGAACCCACCCACCCAGUGCGUUAAUGAGCAGGAGUGCUAGGAGCCUGGGCAAACCCAACAGCACAGAGUCUCCUCAGCCUUCAGCAGAAGCAGCUCAGAACAGAUGACAAAGAGGAAGAAAAAUGGAAGCACAGGAUAGGCACCCAUAGCGUGGAGAGUUCUGGCCAUGCUGUGAUAUGCUCAGGACUGGUUGGCAUGGUUAUUGAGAUGAGCUGUGCAGCAGUAGCAUGUCCAUUGGCUGUCCAUUGGCUGACUUUCUGUGGACCCGAGUAGCAUCUUGUCCCCUGUAAUUUUGAAAACAAAACGCGACAGAGCAGCAAAGUAAGUGCAAUUCAUGAUGGCAAGGUUGUAAAGCAGGAUGCCAUGCUGCGUUUUAUCUCAAAGCCAUAAUUAGAACCUCCCCUAGUUCGGUGAAAUAAGAGGGAGGUUCAUGUUUAUUGUAUAAUAUGCAGUGUACUUUUAAGAAGCUCAGAUGCGCUGUGAUACCCUGUGAUCAAAUGGAGAAAGUCAACGCCUGCACUUAACACAGUACUUCCAAGGAAACAAGAGUGAUGCUACCUGCCUCUAGCUUAGCUACUUUCUAUGCAAGAAAUGCCCUAGGCCCUAAGCAGAAGAUCAGACAUAGCUGUUCUAAAUUGGUCUCUUGAAGAAGACGGAAUCCAAAGCUGCUGGCUGUCUAGCCUUCAUGGGUGACGUAACCAUUUCGCGAAGGCCUUCCAGAUGUCACGAGUAUGUUAUGUAAAGCUGCCUGGUAAUCUUUCUUUUCUGUGGCCCAUAAUCUGGUCUUCUGUUAUGCUGUGUGUUUAGCCUGUAAGUAAGAGAGGCAAAGGAAGAGUGUGAAAGCUGUAUGGCGGGGAUACCCUCUUUCCUUUCCAAUAUCUGUUUGCAGACGCGCUCGUAAGUCCUUCUCUUCCAUUUGCUCGGCUGACUCAUCUGUCGCUCUCUUGUGUGACAGCCAUCUCCAAAGACUGCAGGACCCAAUUACAACAACCGUUGCUUUAUCUGUACUGAACCCCCAUUCCCUGUUCAUUCAUUUUGUUAUGUGAUCGUGACUGACACCUUAGGUCUCGUACCGCAAGUCAAAACUGUUUACCUGGACUCGGCAACCUGCCUCAUUCCGUUCCAGUUGUUUCCCACUCCUGAGCUUCCAUGUCAUGGAUGUCUCUCUGCAUAACACUUCACUGGUGACAUCCAGCUUGCAUCAGCCUUGAAGUGCUUUAGUCUGGAUCUUGCCGUUCAUCUGUAGGCAGCCUGAUUACUGAGGAUGGGAAAAGAGGACUCUAGGAUGUGUACUAGCGGCCAACAGAUUAAACAAUAUGCCCUCGCUGUAAUCCCCCAAAUCCCACUUUAAGUGCACUUGACUUCCCGAGCAGCGCUUCUACUAUCUCUACCCAUCCUAGACGUAACGGAUUCCUGCUUUGGAGAGAGCACACAUGUGAGCACACCCAGACGUGGCCUCUCUUUAAGACCUGAGUUGCUGGUGUAGUGGUAAAGUGGCCUGAAGAGUAUCCAUGUCUGUAGACAGUUCCUGAAGUGUGUAGAUAGUUCCUGUUGAUUGCGAUUGAAGAGAGCCGGGUAAUAGGAGUGCCACUCGGUUGUGGGUGAGGGCCCAGAGUAAAUACACAUGCGCACCUACAUACACUGUUUCUAUUUCCAUGGGGGGUGAAAACAAACACAGUGAAGAAUGCUUGAAGAUCUUGAGGAUGCAAUGUACCACCAAGAGGGACUGAAGCUUUUUGACUUUGAAUUGAGCGAGAGCAUGAAAGUUGAUCCUUUUGACAGAGUUGGCUCAGAAUUUUUUCUGUAAUGAAUGUUUUAUGAGUUUUACAGACAUUAUUUAUUAGAGUUCACUACUGUAGUGUCUUUAUCCUGGUUUACCAUUUGUUUGAAAAUAGUUUUGACUUUCCAUAGCGUACUGGAGGAUUUAAUUCUUUCGAUUUUGUUGAAGUCUAGCGGAAUGCUGUCCUGUAUCCUGCCCACAGCAUAAGUGCCUUGUAAUUGCUUUGGGUCUCACAUUUCGGAGCACUUGGCUUCAUUCCAGCAAACUCUCCUGCUUUGUUUUUUUGGCAGGAAAAGUUGUUUGUGUUUAAAGUUGCUGGAUGCGGUUCGCUCUCAGCUUUUGCCUCCACUUCAGAGCUGCAGGAGAGGCAGUGGAACGCUCGUGAGGAUGGGCCGUUCCUGUAACUGCGGGCAGCAUCUUGUCGCGCCGAAGCUGUGGGUGAGUGCAGCUCUGCUGCAGAUGUGGGCUGUGAGAACAAGAAACUCACACAGACACGCUCACAUAUUCACAAACCACAGGACCACAGGUGUAUUGCACUUCCUCUGAUUUCCUCCGGCCAUCUCUCAGUACCCAUGCAGACUUCGGCAUUGCAUAUCAACACUCUUUUAGGUACGAGUUUCCAACCUUAUGGUAUCCUAUACUCAAGUCUUAACGUGUCCGGCUUGAUGUUUAACACUAGAUAAAGCAGAUGUUUGUGUAAAUGUGCUUCAUGUCCAGCUCAUGCAAGUCUGUCCUGAAAGGUGUCUCCACUGAAUUUUCAAAAUUUCUGCAGGACUCAAUCAUCAAGAUAUAUAAUCAUUCAGAGUGUAUUGUAGAGAAACGUGCACACACAGUGGUGGUGAUAGAAAUCAGUGGUUGUGAGGUCUACAGCACAAAUAUAGCAUCCAAAAUAACCAAUGAAACCUGCUUGUGUCUUCUGAGGUUGUGGUAUAAUAGUGGUACAAUAGUGCUGAAUCUGAAGAACUAAGUUUUCUUUGGUAGUGUUCUAGGGUUAGGCGCCCCUGUACCUCUCCACCAUGAUUGGUUUUAGACCAAAACCUUUUCUCACAACUAUUAUAAAGCAAAGUUUGAGACAUCAAGCAGCACAUUCAUAACCAUUUUAUGUAAUAGCAUUCUGUGUGGGAGCUUCAAGAAGCAUUAAACUCGUUAGACCUCCGGUUGCCAUCACCACCAUUGUGAACAGUUCUGAUUUGGCAUUUCACAUCAGACCACUCACUUUGUUUACAUCUUAAACUUUUGAACAAUCAAUGGAUUUCUUUAAGUACCGUAACUGUCUCGCACUGGACUUCCUGAUAAAACUUCACAUUACUGCUCCCCGAUAGAUGCCGGUAGGGGUGUUGCCAUCAGGUGCCAGUGCCGGAGCCCACCCUGCAUGACAUAUCACUCACGAUGGAAGGAGAUCUGUCAUUGUUACCAGAAUUAGCGUAUUAUCCGAUGUCUAACAGCCAAUAACGGCAUCAUCAUUCUUCUUUCUGAGCCGGCAGGAUAGUCCCGCUGUCCAUGGAGAGAUGGCGUGGUUGUGGGACUUCUUGUGCAGGAGCAUCAUGGUGUUUCGAUCAUCUUCACUGAAUACAAUGCCAGCUUAAGAGAAUCUUAGCACUAUGAUACUUCAGGGAAAGAAGCCCCGGGCUGCUGCAUGCUCCAUUUAUACAGAUCUCUUUCAAAACCUGCUGUGCACCGACUGCAAUACCUUCACUACUGUCUGUACCGCCAUUGUCAGUGGUUGUCACAGAGUUAUCUAAAACGCUCAGCAGUCAGCGUUACAUCACCGCUUCUCCUUAGCAAUGCAGUUUAUUGAUUUUUUUUUUUUCUUUUCAUUGUGACUUGACAGCUGUGUUUCCUUGUUCUGUUUACAUCCUGUGUUCUUAAUUUGUGCAAUAAGAGUACAGAUAAGAGCUAAAAAUGAAUAUGCACUGUUGUACAAUGUGUAAUUCUGAUUAAUUUAUUUGAAAAUUAAUUACAGUAAGUGUUCUUGUCACCAAAUACCGAGUCUGAAAAAAAAAAGAACAUCUUCAAUCAGACACACACUAAGACAGAAAAAAAGCAAAGCAAAGUGAUGUUUUUGUCUCUGUGAUUCCUUCUCUUUGAGGUGGAGUGUCUGAGAGCUUGAAAUAAAGACAGCACCAAAACCUACUAAAA